AUGUCGCUCUCCACACUCAGCCACCCGGCCGCCGCCGCCGCCGCCGCCGCCACCGGGAGCGGAAAGUUCCUUUUCCCGGCUGGCCCGGCGGUGCAGUCCGUACGUUUCCCCAAGGCACGGGCCCCUGUCCCCGCCGCCGUCUCCUCCGCGACCGCGGCUGUUCACGCGGAUUCCGCGGAGGAUAGGGUUUCGUCGCUGAGCCAAGUCUCCGGCGUGCUGGGGUCGCAGUGGGGCGACGAAGGAAAGGGCAAGCUCGUCGACGUGCUCGCCCCCCGCUUCGACAUAGUUGCGCGUUGCCAGGGGGGAGCAAAUGCUGGACAUACAAUCUACAACACAGAAGGCAAGAAAUUUGCCCUUCAUCUUGUUCCAUCUGGUAUUCUCCAUGAAGGGACACUUUGUGUUGUUGGCAAUGGAGCAGUGAUCCAUGUUCCAGGGUUCUUUGGAGAAAUUGAUGGUCUUGAGUCCAAUGGAGUCCGCUGUGAUGGAAGAAUACUGGUAUCCGACCGCGCACAUCUGCUGUUUGAUCUGCACCAGGUUGUGGAUGGACUUAGGGAAGCUGAGCUUGAGAAUUCAUUUAUUGGGACAACUAAGAGAGGCAUUGGUCCUUGUUACUCCAGCAAGGUAACUCGAAAUGGACUGCGGGUUUGUGAUCUAAGGCACAUGGACACUUUUGGGGAUAAGCUUGAUGUAUUGUUCAAAGACGCUGCUUCGAGAUUUCAAGGCUUUCAGUACAGCAAAAGCAUGCUCAAGGAAGAGGUUGAGAGGUACAAGAAGUUUGCAGAUCGCUUGGAGCCCUUCAUUGCUGAUACCGUGCAUGUGCUAAAUGAAUCUAUUCAGCAGAAGAAGAAAAUCCUGGUUGAAGGUGGACAAGCAACUAUGCUGGAUAUUGAUUUUGGUACUUAUCCAUUUGUGACUUCUUCUAGCCCUUCAGCUGGUGGGAUAUGCACAGGCCUAGGGAUUGCUCCAAGGGUAAUUGGUGACCUGAUUGGAGUGGUCAAAGCUUACACAUCAAGAGUUGGCUCUGGCCCUUUCCCAACUGAACUAUUUGGAGAGGAAGGUGACCGCCUUAGGAAAGCUGGAAUGGAAUUUGGCACAACAACGGGUCGCCCAAGGCGAUGCGGUUGGCUUGACAUUGUCGCGCUUAAGUACUGCUGCCAAAUCAAUGGGUUCUCAUCACUUAAUCUGACCAAACUUGAUGUUCUGUCUGGGUUGUCAGAAAUUAAGGUGGGUGUUUCUUAUAGCCAACCUGAUGGACAGAAGCUACAAUCCUUCCCUGGGGAUCUUGAUACCCUUGAGCAAGUACAGGUCAACUAUGAGGUUCUGCCUGGGUGGCAAAGUGACAUUUCGUCUGUUCGAAGUUACAAUGAACUUCCCCAAGCUGCCUGCCUCUAUGUGGAGAGGAUAGAAGAGCUUGUUGGUGUUCCCGUGCACUACAUUGGUGUUGGACCUGGCAGAGAUGCUCUCAUAUACAAGUAA